AUGUUGCGGCGGGGCGGCCCCACCCGGACACCAACUCUCCCGUGGGCUAACAUUACUGCUUUACGUGAAGCAAAACGCGAGGAAGAGGGGAGUACCAUCGACUCCAAGCCUCAACAAACAACAAACACAUCAGGGAAUGCGCAACGGCUGAAAGCAAUGCCGAAAAUUGGUGUCGCAAGAAUUGGUGUGCAUCGUGUGGGUAUUGAGCGAAACUGCGCCACCGCUUCGGAAGAUGGUACCAAAGGCCUCAGGUUUGAUGGUAAGGAGAGACAUGAAAGCUGCAACAUAAGCGGUAGUUCCGUGGGCUGCAUGGACCUCCUUGAGUUUACCGUGGCAAAGGAACGUGAAUGUGUGAACCUAAAGAAUAUGAUGCGACAAUGGGCGGAUGUCUUUAGCCGCAGCUCCGGAUGCUUUGUGCUUAGAGAGAUUGUUUUGAAGUGCAACAACAUGGCCCCCAUUCUCCCUGAUUUGAUUACCUCGUGUUUUAGUUUGAUGGAGCAGGAGCUGUGUGGCCGGGAGCUGGUGGCUGAGCCCACACAUUUUGUCAGUUGCUUCCUACGCAGGGAAUACGAAGUGAAACUUGGACCCAUCAAGAUGAAAACAGUGGAGUUGAGCCACAAUUAUGCUUCACUGGAGGAAGGGGGAAAAUACCUGAGAAUAUGUUUAAAUUUGCGCCGGAUUGUCUUGGAGACGCUGUCGUAUUCGUAUCGCAAUGCUAAGAACAAGUCGGCUGAUUUCACGCACGGCACUGUUGACCUAAAGGUAGAGAAUUGUGCCCUGAAGGUUGAUCUCAUUAUUUUACUAGCAGGUGGUGGGUUUGUGACCAUAUAUCGCAGGUGCGAUAACUUAAAGAUCGGCUCCAUCGGUGCCGAUUUCUCUGGUUUCAUUCCGAACUUGAUAUUCUUCAUCAUCAAGCCCAUCAUAAGAAGAAGUCUGAGGAAUCAAAUAAUGGCAGUGAUGAAUGAACGCACUUUCGGAAAGACCUGA